CAGAAGAGGAUCAUAUUAUGGGAUUUUGUCGCAGAAGAUCAUCGUGGGACCUUGAAGCAGAAGAGAAUCACAUCAUGGGAUUCUGUCUCAGAAGAGGAUCAUCACGGGAUUUCAUCAUAGAAGAUCAUCGUAGAAUUUCAUUGCAGAAGAGGACCAUCGUGAAAGAUCAUCACAGAAUUUUAUCACAAAAAGGACCAUCGCGGGAAAUCGCAGAAGAUCAUCGUGGGACCUUAUUGCAGAAAAGGAUCAUUGUAGGACUUUGUUGCAGAAGAGGAUCAUAUCAUGGAACUCUCGUAGAAAAAAAUCUAUGGAAUUUUGUCGUAGAAGAGGAACAUCGUGGAACCUUAUCGUAGAAGAUUAUUUUGGAAUCUUAUCACAAAGAGACUCACAUCAUGGGAUUGUCGCAGAA